AUGGCGGAAAGUGUCCGUGUAAUAUGUCGAUGUCGUCCAUUAAAUAAUCGUGAAAUAAAUCUUAAUUCACAGAUAUGUGUACAAAUGGAUCAAAGUUGUGGACAAGUAAUAUUACAAGGUGAAACUGGUUGUCCCAAACAGUUCACAUUUGAUGGUGUUUAUUAUAUGGAUGCUACAGCUGAGCAGAUCUAUAAUGAAAUUGUUUAUCCACUUGUUGAAAGUGUUAUUCAAGGAUAUAAUGGCACAAUUUUUGCAUAUGGCCAAACGGGUUCAGGUAAAACUUAUUCGAUGCAAGGUGAUGAUAAUAUUACAUCUCAAAAAGGUAUCAUACCUCGAGCAUUUGAACAUAUCUUCGAAGCAACAGCAACUACCGAUGAUGCCAAAUUUUUAGUUCAUGCAUCAUAUUUGGAGAUUUACAAUGAAGAGGUACAUGAUUUAUUGAGUACCAAUCAUACGAAAAAAUUGGAAAUCAAAGAGCACAGUGAACGUGGUAUAUAUGUUGCGGGAUUAUCAAUGCAUGUAUGUCACGAUUAUAAGGCAUGUCAACGAUUAAUGAAGAAAGGAUCGGAGAAUCGUCAUGUUGGAGCAACCUUAAUGAAUAAGGAUUCUUCUCGAUCACAUUCUAUUUUUACCGUUUAUGUUGAAGUAGCACUCAAUAAUGGUUCUAUACGAAUAGGAAAAUUAAAUUUGGUAGAUUUAGCAGGCAGUGAAAGACAAGCAAAAACUGGUACUACUGGUGAUCGUUUUAAAGAAGCAACCAAGAUUAAUCUUUCAUUAUCUGCUUUGGGCAAUGUGAUAUCAGCCUUUGUAGAUGGCAAAUCAAAGCAUAUUCCUUAUCGUGAUUCGAAGUUAACACGGUUGUUAAAAGAUUCGUUAGGAGGGAAUAUGAAAACAAUUAUGCUUGCAUGCGUAUCACCAUCCAGUGAUAACUAUGAUGAAACUCUAUCGACUCUAAGAUAUGCAAAUCGUGCGAAGAAUAUCAAAAAUAAGCCUAAAAUCAAUGAGGAUCCAAAGGAUGCAUUACUUCGCGAGUAUCAAGAGGAAAUUCAACGGCUUAAAAUUAUGAUACAACGCGAUAAUAGCACAAAUUUGAAUUCGAAUGAAUUGGAUGAAGAACGUGAACAACUUAAAGCUGAAUUUAAUGCAGCAAUUAACGAACUUCGACUACAGUAUCAAAAUGAGCAAAAAAGUAAAGCAAAAUUACAAGAAGAAUAUGCAAUAUUGAAGGAACAAUAUGAGAAAGCAGCGGAAGCAUUACAAUAUGAUCGUAAUUUAGACGUAGGUGAAGCAAAGAAACGAUUACAAAUUUUGGAAAAGCAAUUUGUUGGCGGUGAACAAGCAAAUAAUGAAGCUCUUAAAGAACAGCGACAGUUUAAGAUGAAAGAAGCAGAAAAGAAGAUGAAACGUCUUGCUGCAGCAUUAAACGUACACAGUGAUGAUCCAUUACUUCAUGUUUAUAGUUCGACACAAGAAAAAUUAGAAGCAAUUACAGGACAAUACAAUAAAGCUAAAUUCAAAAUACAAUCGCUAGAAAAUGAUAUUGAAGAUUUACAUGGCGAAUUUGAACUUGAUAGGCUUGACUAUUUGGAAACGAUCAGGAAGCAGGAUCAACAAGUUAAGCUAUUACAACAAAUUUUGGACAAGAUACAUUCUACGCUUAAAAAAGAUUGCAACUAUUUUAAUAUGGAAAAAAUUAAACGUGACGCAAUGUGGAAUGAAGAUCAGGGAAAAUGGAUUUUACCGGAUUUAAUCAUUCGUCAUACAACAUUACCUUAUGCUGUUGCACCUGCAACAACUGGCAGCUUAGUGGAUUCGCAUAAUCUAUUACGUUCAAACACAACGAAUGAUUUAUCGAAGCUUAAACAGAGAUUAGCGAAAAGUGCGGAAGAAAAUAUAGCAAGCAAUUAUUUUAAACCGUUCAGCAGAGAUGGUCUUAUUAAUAAAUAUAAAGCCGAUCAGAAUCGUACAAUUGAUUUACAGCUGGAUAAAUAUUCGUUACCAAAAAAACAAACAUGUAACGAUUUACUAAAAGGUGUCGUAUAUACGGAUGAUAUUUACGAUAAGCCUACCAUUUUCCGGAAACCACAACGCCUUGAAGCACUUUCAGUGCAAUUAAAAUAA